UGCAACGAGCUUUCUCGCUAGUUAUUCGCUAUGUAGAUGUACUCAGCUGAUACUUGGGUGCAACUUGUAACACAGCCUUGGUCUGGUGCAGUCGACACUAUCAUGUUUCAUCGGAUAUUUUGGACAUUUUCACCGUGCGUUGAGACUUUCAAGCAUUGCAAGCCACUUAUUUCUAUCGAUAGCACCUACUUAUAUGGUAAAUACGGAGGCAUGUUAUUCAUGGCUAUUGCUCAAGAUGACAAUGUAAACAUAUUGCAUAUUGCAUUUGCCGUUGUUGAGGGUGAGGCGAAGGAGGCUUGGUCGUUUUUUCUUUCAUAUUUGCGGCAGCAUGUGACACCACAACCCAGCGUCUUAGUGAUUUCAGACAAGCACAAAUCAAUUGAUGCUACAUUGAACACCGAUGGAAGUUUAUGGAAACCACCGCAUGCCUUCAGACAUUUUGUACAAGACACAUUGCUACCAACUUCAUGAGUCACUUCAAAAACAAGGACUUGAAGAAGAUUAUGGUUAAUGCAGCAUAUUCGAAGUCGCAGUGGGAGUUCGCUCAUUAUUUUGGUCGUCUGAGGGGUGAGAAUUUCGCAAUUAUGAACUGACUUGAAGAAAGCCUCGUUCACAUUGGACUCAGUAUGGGGAUGAGGGUCGUCGGUUUGGUCACAUAACGACAAACAUCUCGGAGUGCAUUAAUGCUGUCAUAAAGGAUUAUCGUAAUUUGUCCAUCAUUGAUUCUAUAUAGGUGAACUAUUUGCUAGAGAGUGUGAUUGUGAGUAUUUUCAGGCUCUUUAUGUUCCUUGUCGUCACAUUCUUGCAGUUUGCUCUAAUGCACGACUUGAUUGGAAGUGGUAUGUACUUCCCGUGUAUCGCAUGGAGUCGGUAUUUAAUGUUUACAGAUCAGAUUUUUGACCGAUUGGUCACGAGGAUGACUUGCCAUACUAUGACAGGCCCGUAUUCGGCCUAACCCUAGGAGAGCGUGGAAUACAAUAAUUGGCCCAGGAGAGUAGCAAACUGACGCAACCACCUAAAUUGUGCUGACUAUACUCUGUGGCACGACACAUCUGGAGGUACAGCCAUGUCAACACAGUUGAAUCCCAUGAUAACCUGCCACAUCUGUCAAGAUCUCCUACCAAGGGCACCCACUUGAUGUACACCCGAGAGACAGAUGCGUCUGAAAAUAGGAUACAUCCGAUUACCUGCAUGAUAUACCCUCUAGUGUAGCACAACAGGCAGUCCUCGAUCGCAUCCUCCUCCAGAUCUCCGCAAACGGUGUUCUGAAACCAGUUAAGUUUGACAGUCCACUUGGUUUGUGACUGUCUAUCCUCUGGACCUGCAACAACACCCAAUAGCUGCUGGCAGAAGUCUUCAAUGGAUCGACCAUCAUGAUGCCGCUCCCACCCACCGAUGCAUUCACUAACAGGAUCAUCAUCGAUUCUGAGUCCCAAUCGGUGCGCCACAUCUUGCAAGGUGAUAGUCAUCUCCCCGCAUGGCAGAUGAAACGUAUGGGACUUAGGUCUCCAUCGCUCAAUCAACGCUGACGCUAAUGGCCAAUCAUACUCGAACUCCACCAUGUAUGCCACAUACUCAAAUCCAGCUCAUUUGAGAUAUGACAUAAUCUGCUUAGUCGAGUGUCUCAUAGAAUUUCAUCUCGUGCGUAAGAUCCGAGGCUCCUACCGAACAAAAUAAACAAGUUCAAAAAAAUAAGGUCAACAAUUAAAAUUACAAAUUCACAUUUCAUUACAAUAUAAUAAAUAAGAGUGAUAACAGUGUACCACUCGAUCAAGUCUGCCUGUUAUGUGCUCAGCCUGA